GGUUAUCGGUUAUUCGCCUUCGAGAUUCAUUCGCUGACAAAAAAUAGCGCCUGCACUCUUAUAUUUAUUAUCCAGUAUUUACGUUUAUUUUCUACAGCAACGUAAUUCAAGUUGUCAACAGUUUUUACAAGUGAGAAAAAAAAAGCUGUUCUACGAAUCAAAAAAUUUCGAGCCAGUAUCCACAAUUUAGUGAUUCCUUAGAGGGAUCUGUAGCAAUCUGAUUCUGCCAUGGAGCAAGAAAAAGAAGUGGUACUGGAGGGAACCAUCUGGAAGGAAAUCCUAACACCAGGUUUAUCAAGAAUAUCUUUAAAACCAACAGAAGGUUCAACUUGUGUAAUGAGAAUCGAGAAUGUGACUUGUGACGAAACACUGGAGGAAUCCUACGAUUUGAUGAAAGAUCUCAGAGCUCAGAGCACAACAAUAUUGACCGGAGAACCUGAAAAAAGAUUGGUGAUUGGUGAGGCGGAUUGUGAGUUGGACAAACACAUAGAAAUGGCAAUACAAUUAAUGAAAGAUGGAGAAAGAUCACGAAUAACGAUAUUUCUACAAGACCUUGUAUCAGGACAAAAAACUAGGAAAAUAUCGUUUGAAGCAACUCUGAUGAAGCAUGAAAAAUUCAAGCCCAUAUGGGAAUGGACACCGCAGGAAAAGUACGAAAUAGCUAUGAGAUACAAAAACAUGGGAGUGAGCUUAUUCAAAGAAUCUGAAUUCGGCGAGCCUCGGUACAAAGAUGCUUUCCACAGAUUCAGUCGAGCUUGCAAAAUAUUAAUUACCCUUGAACCAAUAGGUGAUCUCGAAUUAGAUGCUGAAUUAUUAAGCAACAUCCAGAAUUUACGCAUUAAAUUGUACAAUAAUAUGGCAGCUUGUCAAGGCAAACACAACAAUUAUUAUCACGUUAUCGAAUUGUGCUCCAAAGUAUUAUCCAGGGAUGAUAAAAAUGUUCUUACGCUCUUCCGGCGUGGUUACGCUUACGGACAGUUGAAAGAUUAUGAAAGAGCUGUAGAAGAUUUUACAAAACUUCUGACCAUCGAACCCAACAACAAAGAGGCUCUUCUCAAGGUGCAAGAAUACAGAUGGUUCCUUAGACGAGCAAAGAUACAUUGCAACGAAAUGGUCAAAAGAAUGUUCAAAUGAAGGGCUCCCUGUAGUCUAAUAAUAUUGCUGUUUUUGACAACAGUCAAACAGACUUCUUUUUUCGGAAAUUGAAAUUGGCAAACAUUUGUUGGACUUGAAAGUAAAACCGACAAAUUCACCAAAGAAAAUUUUUUUUGUUCAUCUUCACUAAUACACACUUGAAUACCACUAAUUUUGUAAUAAUCGCGUAAAUAAUGCAACGUUGCUGCAACAAAAUACGAUAACUAUUUAUUCGCAUUUUGUGCUGGAGACUUAUCGACAAACUGGCCACUUUUACACGCAAACAAAGCGUUUACACGUUUUUGUUUGUCAUGACAGCCUGUGACGAUUCCGAAAAUCAUAAAUGAUAUUUCAUUCGUGCCCAAUUUAACCCUGAUCACUCACUCGGGAUUUAAACGACCCCAUUUGUCGUGUAAUUCUACUCUGUUUUCCAGCAAGCGACACUGCGGAACACUGCAAGACUGUGCAACACAGCGUCGCAUGGUACCAAAGUUAUUUCGCUCUUGUUUGGAACGCAUUGGGUAACACAUUGUCGCUUUGUGUCGCUUGCUGGAAAGUUCCCCUAGAAAAGUGUGAGUGAUUAGGUUUAAUCUAAAGAAAUGACAUAGAAAAUUCAAUAACGUGUAAUAAAGUGGUUGAAUAGUUGAAAAAUAUCUCCGUCAUAGAGUUUAUAAAUACCGAAUGAAAAAAAGAUUUAUGUCAGUAUCGCAUUUAUUAAUGAUAAUCGACCAAGUUGAAACGGACAUUUUUAUGCGACAUGUCAUCAACAUAAUCGACGUGAAUAUGCGAGCUAAUAUUUUCGGGGUUGUAUAGUAUGAAAUUGUUAUUCAAGAAGAAAUAAUAACGAAAGUAGAUGGGUUGUUUAUGAAAGAAUUUUCAUAUUUAUAAGAAAACUUUUAUAUUAUUAGCGUAAAGUUAAAAACAAAUAUGAGAAUGGAAUUUUUCGCGGUAGACUUUGUUGAUUCUCUCGUUGGCAAUCCAGCAUUUUUGAUCUGUAAUUAUGAAAAAUUCAUUGAAAGAAAAUAAAACGAACAUAUAUAUACAAUGAUUAGAGGUCAAAAUAAAUUUGUGUUAUAAAUACAAAAAUAUGUCUUUAUUUCUA